AAUGCAUAAUCCCAUGAUGUCCCCACCCCACAAUAACCCUAUGGUGCCAUUCUUCAACCAGCACCCCCAAUUUUCCCCCUGGAGGGCCAGCGGGGAUGAUUCCUCUAAACCCCAUGAUCAACAGCAUACCCGAUUGGUCUCCACCUCCUAAGAAGAAGAAGAAAGCAACAAAGUCUAAAAAGCAGAAGACCAGCAGCUCGGCCGCCAGUGUCAAUCUCACAAAUGUCCAAGCCAGUAAACUACCACCAGAAUCUCACAGUACCACAGAGAAGGUGGCAAACAGCAGUAAUGGUAACAAUCUCAGUGGAACAGUAGCAUCAUCCUCUUCCAGGUCUUCCGCCAAGUCUUCUAAGAUAGAAGAGGAAAAAGAUGAAGCUACCAUCAUGAAUAAAGUGAAAGAAAUUUUAGGGAAAGCGCAGCUGGAACAGCAAAUGGAAAUAGCAAGAAAAGCACAGCAGUUGAAUGCCCAGGGCGAGGAGGGCAUUGGGAAGUCAAAACAGUGCGUUGUUUCUUCUACAGUCAGCACAGUAGUGCAGGCACCAUCCACAAAUGUGACUGCAGUAACAGUAGCAUCAUCAAGUGGCACAUCACAAUGUGCUUCUGGUGCACAUUUUGCUGGUGCAGAAAGGCCAGAGAAAGGUGCUGAAGAGGGGAGUAGACAUUAUGAGCAGGCUGCAGGAGGUGGUGUCAAACCAUUUGAUGUACAAUUAGGUCAGAAACAGUUCUCACUGGACAGCCCUCAUCCUUCCAUUGCUUCUAAACCUGAACUAGUGCCAUCAUCAUCAUCAUCAUUGUCAUCAUCAUCAUCAUCGGAAUUGCCUCAGAAUGGACAAUAUGUUGUUUCAACAGCAGACACACAACAGAACCAGCAAAAACAUGGAUCUCAUAAUUCUGAUCAAAUCUCUUCUGUGGAAAUGUGCACUGGCGCAAGCAUGCUGCAGGUUCCUGCUUCAGAAGUUGGUAAUAAAGGGGAAUUCCCGGUAGGAUUUUCAGCACAGGAAGCCUCCCCACAACACCAGCAACAACAACACCUGCUGCAUCAACAACAGCAACAUCUUAUCUAUUUCCAACAAGCACAACAGAAUCAACAACAGCAGCUAUUACAGCAUAUCAGUCCUGUGAAUCUGAACCAAAUUCCAGCAUCCAUGGAAUUGGGGUCAGUUGAAAAUGAUGGAGGUGUGAAUCCUUCUGGAAGGCACAUAUCUAGUCCCCCAUCCCAGCCUGUGAGAAAUCGAAGUCAUUCAUUUUCGUCACAACCAAUCAUGUCUCCAGGAAGAAGAUCCCAAUCGGCCACUCCGGCAUCAUCGUCAAGAACAACGCCCCUUUCCAUGCCAUCUCCUGGUCCUAUGUCACCCACAGGAAAUGUAUUUCCAUUUCCCUUGAAUCCAAAUCAAGUUCAAGGUCAUCCUAUGUUUAUGGGUCAAGGUUACAUGUCUGCAGCUGGUGGACCAGGACCUCAUCUAAUGCAUCAAUUUCAAAAUUUUCCUCCACAAGGAAUACCACCUCACGGCCCAUGGGGGUUGCCAGACCUUCAACAGAUGGCGCUUUUGUCGCCAUACCAACAACAGCCAGAUCAGGGACAGUCAACAGGUAAAAAGUCAGCCAAAGGAAAGGGAAAAAAGGGAAAUCAGAACCAGAAUAAAAAUCAUCAGGCUAUGGUUAUGGGGCCUAACAUGAUUCCACAUCAGUUUCAGCCCCAACGGUUUGGUGUUGGCUUCUCAACAACUGCAGCAGGAGCAGCUGGGAAUGUAAAGAAUAUGCAUCAGCAGUCUGGUUUUCCUCCCCAACCUUCAAACACUGGAGGGAGUUUCCCAGCAAGUCAAUUCUUAUCAGCAGCAGCAAGGGCUCAAGGUCAAGUUCAAGCUCACCCAAUGCAGGGUCACCAAGGUCAGCCAACCCAAGGCCAACCUCACAUGAUGAUGAUGGCCAACAACAACCCCCAGCAGCAACAGCAGCAACAAAUGAUGAUGCAACACCUUCAAGACAUGCCAAUGAAUAGAAUGCCUAUGAAUCACCCCCAGCAGAUUAGACCUAAUAUGCCAAUGACUUUUCCCCCAAAUAACAUGAUGCAAGGGCAGAGAUUCCCCAUAGGAAUGCAGGUACAUGCCCCACAAAUGAUGAUGCCAAUGCAAAGCAACCCACCUAAUAAUAAAAAACAGAGAGGUGCAAAUAAAAUUGCGUCGCCAAAUCCUAUGGGACCAAGAGCCACCAGCUCCCCGAAGAUGGCAGCUGACAAUCGUGUAUUUAACUUCCCUGCUGCUAUUCCUCUUGGAAAUGUGCCAUCACAGGAGGGUGGAGGGGCUGCAGUGACCCCAACCCCAACAAAAGCUGAGCCUUCUCCCAUACAGCUAGUACAGAACAUGAUCCAUGGACUUGAAGCUACUCAAAAUGCCCUGGAGGCUGCAGCAGCUAUGAGAAUUGAUCAAACUCAAAUCAAAGGUGGGAAGAGGUCAAGCUCAAGUAGCUCCAAUAGCAGCCGCGGGUCUAGUGCUGGAGGUUGCCGAGUUGCAGACCGAUCUGGAAGCACAGAUAUGGGUUACAUUUCCAAAUCACCAGCUGGGAGUACCAGUGGAAGUGAGAAAAAACCAUCUCCAGAUCACUCCACCAGUUUGGACAGUGUAAACUUGCCUCUCUCCAGUAAUAGCACGGCAGCUGAGUCACCUGCAAAGAAAGAAAUGGCUCCUAAGUUGACUGUGGACACAUCUGAGGCCAUGUCUAGAAAUAGCCCCAGCCCAGGGAGCAGCACAGUGUGUUCACCUGGGGACCUAUCUGGAAGUGCUUCUAUCAUGAACACAGUGGUCUCUGCCAGUCAACAUGUGCACAACAUGCUUGCACAAUCAGCUCUCAUGACCACGGAAGAAAUACUGAGAAAAUCAGCUCCAAACCAGUCUAACUCACAUGGGGUUGAAAAUGACUCCCUGAACAGCAGCUUUAGUAGCAACAGCAGUUUUGAGGCCAAGAGUCCUGCAAGCUGUCAGUCUCGCCAGAGCACCCCACCUAGGAACUCUACUCCUAAAGGGGAAAACAAGUACAAGUAUAAACGAAGAGGGGUGGGGGCAAGAAAGUCCAGCACCCCUACCAUAGCAAGUAUGCUACAGAUGCAGGCCCAGGGACAACCACCUAUGAUGAUGAUGGGUGCACAGCCUCCCAGGGGGGUAGUAUCCCAACCUCACCCUAUUUUGCCCCAGGGGAGCCAACAGUCAUUUGGUACCCCACCCAGACUUCAGUAUCCAGGGGGGCAGAUGAGACCAGGUGGUAUGGUGAACAUGGGGAACAACAUGGCAGGCCAGCAACUUCCCUUUGUUUCAUGUAUGCCAGUGGGCCAACCAGCAGAGCAAAUUAUGCCAAGAGUCCAUGUUAGCAAUGCCCACAUGCCCACCCCAAAAGGACCUUUGCCAACAGCCAGUGCUGAGUCUCAGAACACGGGAGAACAGGGCAACUUUUAUGAAGGCCAAGGUCAUUUCAGCUAUGGUGCCAACUCAGUCCAAGGACUGAAUGCAGACAUGCUGCAACAGUUUAUGCAUAGACAGCAGCAAAAUAUCCACAUGUGUGUUGGUCAGAGUCAGAUGCCCCCAGUAUCAUCUGCUGCAUCAGAUCAAGGCCAUUAUGAAGGUCAGCAGGAAGAUCAAAAAGGUCAUGAAACAGGUCAAGGUCACCAACUAGGCCAAGAUCAGGACAUAAGUUAUCAGGGCUUUCAGGAAAAUCAUGAAACAAGUCUGCAAGGUCAGCACAUUUCUGAGGUAAAACAAGAAAUGUUUGAAAUGGAAGGAGACCAGAAUAGGUCUCAUUCAACAUGGAUUGCAGGCCAGCAGCAACAGGAGCAAAUUGCCCAACAGCAGUCAGCCUUUCAUCAGGCAGCAGCUGUGGUUCCAGCUAGUGGCCAAGAAAGUAAGCAUAAAUAUGUAGACAACAGCACUGUUAGGAGCUUGAAGACAGAACACCAGCUGCCUAGCAAUUACAUCACAACAUCCUGCAGUUCAAGUACUUACAGCCCUGAUGCAAUCAAUGGUGGAGAGUCAAAGGUGCCUGGUCCUGCUGCAGCCCAGUCUGGUGUGAACCACAUACAAAAUCAACAACAGCAUGAUGGACAACACAGCCAGGCUGCCCUUCACUGGCCUGAGAAUGCAGCAGUGGACACUAGCCAGCAUAUUAAGGGGGCAGAAGGGGGAAAAUGGCAGCUGGCUGAAGCAGUAGGUGGUCUGCCUCGGGAUAGUAUGGAUGAAGACCAUCCAGUACCCACUGCCAUGAUGAACCACCACCAUGAUUUUGAUAGCAACCAUACUGCCAAAGAUGAAGUAGAUGAAGAAUUAGGCCCAUCACAUCAAGGUAUCCCAAAUACAAGGGUCAAGGAGUUUUCGGGAAUGUUGACUGAUGGUUUGACGGGUACAGAAAACUUCCAGCAGAGUGGUGGUGAACAGUGUCAGGACAGCAAAGUGAAGGUGUACAGGACUGGAGACAGUUCCAUCUCGAACUACGUUGGGAAGGGGCAGAAGAGAGCUCUGGUGGAAGAGGAUGAAACUAGUGAAUGUGAGUCCGAGUUCUCCUCAAUGACAAAAGGCAUGCCAGCCAGCCAGAGGUCCUUCCAGGUAGGAGACCUAGUGUGGGGGCAAGUGAGGGGCUGUCCUUCCUGGCCAGGGAAACUUGUCAAUGAAAAUGAAGUCCGCAGCAACAAGUGUGCUCCUACGGAACCUGGGAAGUUCUGGGUGCGAUGGUAUGGAGACCAUUCCUUCACACAGGUAGAGCAGGACAAGCUGAAGACCCUCUCGGAGGGACUGGAGGCACACCACAGCGAUGGCAAGAAACAGAGAAAGGGCAGAAAACUUAAUGUCAACCUUGAGGCUGCAAUUCAAGAAUUGAUGGCAGAGUUGGACAGGAAAACUGGUACAGCCAAUUGCUGAAGACGUGACCACAUCAUCCUGGUCCCUCAGAGCAAGAGCCUAUAAACCAGAUUCACCCAGGCAUCAAUCUACAGGCAUCUGGGAUAACCAGUUCAGAGUGAAUGUUCUUUGAAAUAGUUUUUCUUCUCAAUUUCCAAUCGUGCAUUUCUUGUUGGCAUCCUGUCAUAAAUUCUUUCAAUAAUCGUGUUUGAAUUUAUAGCUAGUUAUAUUUUUGUUAUGAUUAAAUAGUUUUAAUGUUUUCCCUAUAUUUGGCUAUUGAUUUUGAUAAAUAACUGGAGCUUAUGAAAGAGUACUUCUAAAAAAGGGGUCAUCUUUCGCUUUGUACAAUUAAAAACGAGAAGAAUUGAGUCAUUUUCAAGACGAUCUUUCUUUCCUUUAUUUUGCAUACUGCAGAUGUUUUCAGUAUGAUAGUGGAGAAACAUCAGCAUGUUUGUAGAAAAUUUAAGUCCUGUUAUGGCAUCCCUCUCUGUAAUUCUUUCUUUUCUUUUCAAAUUCAGAAUAAACCCCUUGACUCUUAUUUUUAGCUAGAAAUGUGUAGUUUAAACUAAAGAGGUCAACUGUUUUUACGUAGUGUGGUUAAGUUUUGUUUAUAAUUGUAUCAUAUAUAUUUUGUCUUUCUGUUAAUAUUUCUCAUUUGUUAAUUAUUAUAAUUAUUAUUUUGUUGUUACUUUGCCUUAUUUCUCAUUACAAAAGAUGGGUGUACAGAUUUUAUAGAUUAUUCCAAGGUCAUUGUAUUAAUGACAAACUGUACAGACAACUUAAUAGGUUUUUUAGAGCUUUAGCAUGAAAUUGUAACCAAGACCAUAAACCUUGAACUACUUAAAUUUGGAAUAUUCUCUUUUUCUUUUUGUUCAGUGGUGGAAAGUAGUCUUGAAAGAAAUAAUGCAAUUUUAAAUUUGUUGUGAUAGCCUGCGAAACUGUGGAUGUGGUGAAAGGUUCAGUCUACUUUAAUUGUGUGGGAAUGUUAUUAGUCAAUUAUCUGUUAUACUUGUCAAGUACCUUGUGAAAGAUGUAGAAAAAAGUUGUCUAUAAUUGAUGAAGGUUGCUUAUUUGCAUAGUCAGCAAAGUGUAUUUUUUAACCAUAAAUGAUGGCUUGAUAUUUAUUAUGGUUGUUUUAUUCAAUCAGUUACUGAAUGUAGAUUAUUGUUGUGAAAUGUAUGGCUUAGAUAGUUGAAUAAGUGGAUGGUUUCUGAUUUUUUACCUGCUCCUGUGUUGGGAAUGAUGUAUGUUUAAUUAUUUAUAUAUCAGCUUAAAUUAUCUUUGGGCAAUGGGCUGAGGUAUGUUUUGUGAAAAUAGGACCCUAUUUGCCAGAUUUGUCAUGAAUGACUUUCCCUUUCAAUGAGCCCUAGGGUUUUGCUCAUAUUGGCUGCCAUACUAUGUACUUGGAAUAUUAAGUAAGGUAACAAUGUUCCACUUAAAUAAAGUAUUGUUAACUGUUUUUUCUUUAUUGAUAUUUUUCUUAUGUAUGCCAAUUGUAGUGCUGAAAGUUUUAAGUUUGGCUUUUUUUCGUGAACAUUUUUCAGCAACUUUAAUCUGGCAAGCAAAUUUUUGUUGUGUUUGGCCUUGCAAUUGGUAAUAGUGGUAAUAUCGCUUGCUUUAGGUUUAUCCCUUUGCUUCAUGUAGGCUUGAUGUUUUUGUUUUUAUAAUCUACAUUCUUCCUUUUUUAUUUUGAAACUUGUUUGUUUUAAAGUUAUGGUAGUAAAAUUGAUAGAUUUCCUCAUUUGGUUGCACACCUGAAUAUUUUAUGAGUCCUCUUUCUAAGUGAAGAGGCACCUUUGAGGGACAAGUUUUGGAGGAUUAACAGUUUCCUUUUCUACUAACCUGGGUGUUUUUUCUACACUUUUUGACCUUAAAUCCUAUUUCUUCAUAGCAAUAUUACUAUUCUUGAUGCCAAAGAAUAGAUCUCCUUGUCUUGAAAGCUACAAUUUCAGCCACCUUGAAGCGGCAUUGCUGGGGCAGUUUAUGUUUUUGUAGGCCUGGAGAAGUUGUUUGCCAUUUUGGAUCAAUGAUUGUAGAUUUUGUACAUUACUAACAUUCAGUUGACUGUUACGUUAAUGUGUUGAUAUGUAACCCAGGUCCGUAUCUUAUAUAAUUGUCUAAUCAAUAAGGUUUAGUAAUCGAUCUUUUACAUGCUCCGUAAGUUUGUAAAUGUGCACAUCUCUACCUUGAUACAAAGGAGGUGUCUUUCAGUUUGUGUUUGUAUAUAUACAAUGCUGUAUAUUUAAUAUAAUAGAGUACGUGCUGUAAAGCUAUUCUUCUAUACACUGAAUGUUUAUACAUAUAAAAUUUGUGAUACUUGUGACUGAGGUAUGUACAUAUUUGAUAUACAUUGUUUAUUAUUAUUAAUAAUAUGUGUAUUACAGCUGUGAAAAUGUUGCAUUUUUGGAAAACCAAAUGGGAGAUAGUGGGAGAGACUUGGUGAGAUAUUAAACAAGAUAUAUACCACUGUGUAAGUGUAUGACUAUUUGUAAAACUAAAUAAAUAAUUUAUU